AUGUUUGGCCUCGGGCAGCUGCGCUCUCCGACGUGGCACGUCCCGAUCCCGUUCCUGACCGGCGAGGACCGCCCCGACGCGGCGCUGUGGAGAGAGCACCUCGCCAAUCGCCACCGCAUGGGGAGGGAGCUUCGCGCUCGGGGCGUUCGGGACGUGCCUUGGUCCUCCUUCGACAGGGCGCUCGGAGUGGCGAUGACGUGCUUCACGUUCGGGUUGUGGAUCGUGUCGGGAGCUGGGACGAUCGCGAUGUUCGCGCUGGGAGGCGCGUGGACGCGCGCGAUCGUCGCGGCAUACGCCAUUGCGUCGCUCUUCUCCGCCCGACAGUUCAGCCAGCGCGUGUACGACUACUGCGCCGCGCUGGAGGUUGGCGAGCGCAACGGAUGGGGCCUGAUCGUCAAGGGCGACGUGGACUGCGCCCGCACGGCGCACAUCUUCUGCUCGCACCCGCACGGGCUGUUCUGCGCGGGGGUGUCGCUCAACCUGAUACUGUCCAGAAGAGGUCUCGACGCCGUGCGCGCGCGGAGCAUACGGCUGUUCGUGCACUCGCUGCUGGCGUCGGUGUUUCCGGUGGUGAAGGACUGGCUGAGAACGCUGGGGUUCCAGCCGUGCACGGCGGCGCACAUGCGACGCGCGCUGGACGCCGGGCUCAACGCCGCGAUCGUCCCGGGCGGAGUCAAGGAGGUGGUGUGGACCGGCAGGGUGGACCGAGAGCGGCUGUACCUCAAAAACGUGUUUGGCUUUUGCAAGCUCGCGCUGCAGACCGGGGCGCCGCUCGUGCCCGUGUACACGUUCGGGGAAUCGCUCAGCGUCGGUCCGGACUGGCUGCCGUUUUUCGAGUCGAGGCGAAGGCUGAGCUACCUGAUCGACGCGCCGAUACGGUAUAUGAGCCUGACGCAGCGAUGGCUCCUGCCUUUUCCAAACGGUCGGCUGGUGACGGUCGUCGGGGCGCCUCUGGCGGUCGGGGAACGGACGGAGAAUCCCACGCGUAAGCAGGUCGGGGAGCUGCACGCGCGGUACUGCGCCGCGCUGCUGGAGCUGAUCGAGUCCACGAAGGAGGAGGCUGGGUACGGGAGUCAGGUCACGGAGCUCGUCUAAAAAAUGUAGCGUCGACGUACGUUCAUUCGUUCGUCGAGGUAUUAAUAUUAAUACGGCGUAGGU